UGGGCAGCCGCCGCCAUGGCCGCCCCGGAGCCGCUGCGGCCGCGCCUGUGCCGCCUGGUGCGCGGCGAGCAGGGCUACGGCUUCCACCUGCACGGCGAGAAGGGCCGCCGCGGGCAGUUCAUCCGGCGCGUGGAGCCGGGCUCCCCCGCCGAAGCGGCCGCGCUGCGCGCCGGGGACCGGCUGGUCGAGGUCAACGGCGUCAACGUGGAGGGCGAGACGCACCACCAGGUGGUGCAGAGGAUCAAGGCUGUGGAAGGGCAGACUCGGCUGCUGGUGGUGGACAAGGAGACGGACGAAGAGCUCCGCCGGCGGCAGCUGACCUGCACCGAGGAGAUGGCGCAUCGAGGGCUUCCACCCGCCCACGACCCCUGGGAGCCAAAGCCGGACUGGGCACGUGCAAGCAGCCUGGGCUCCGAGGCUGGCCAGAAGGAUGUCGGUGGUCCCCCGAGGGAGCUACGCCCUCGGCUCUGCCACCUACGGAAGGGCCCGCAAGGGUACGGGUUCAACCUGCACAGUGACAAGUCCCGGCCAGGACAGUAUAUCCGCUCCGUGGACCCAGGCUCGCCGGCCGCUCACUCUGGCCUCCGCGCCCAGGACAGACUCAUCGAGGUGAACGGGCAUAACAUUGAGGGGCUGCGCCACGCAGAGGUGGUUGCCAGCAUCAAGGCGCGGGAGGACGAGGCCCGGCUGCUAGUGGUGGACCCCGAGACGGACGAGUACUUCAAGCGGCUGCGGGUCACGCCCACUGAGGAGCAUCUGGAAGGUCCACUGCCAUCACCAGUCACCAACGGGACCAGCUCUGCCCAGCUCAAUGGUGGCUCAGCGUGUUCGUCCCGAAGUGACCUGCCUGGCUUAGACAAGGACACUGAGGACAGCAGCACCUGGAAGCGGGACCCCUUUCAGGAGAGUGGUCUCCACCUGAGCCCCACGGCAGCCGAAGCCAAGGAGAAGGCGAGAGCCACCCGAGUCAACAAGCGGGCGCCACAGAUGGACUGGAACCGGAAACGCGAGAUCUUCAGCAACUUCUGAGCCCCUCCCCGCCUGUCUGCACGACCCUCGGGCCCGGCCCCGCGGGCCCUGCCCAGAGUCCCCCAAGCCUCAGCGGACUGGAGG